CUGAUGCUGGAGGAGAAGACGGCGAUAUCGACUUGGAUGAUGGCGAUGUUGAUGGCGAUGUUGAUUUGGAUGCUGAUGCUGGAGGAGAAGAUGGCGAUAUCGACUUGGAUUCCGAGGAGGAGGAGGACAUCAAAAAAGGCUGCCUGAAGAUGUUAACGAACAAGGACUUCAAGGAAAUCAAACACGCUCUGACUUUUAUCGCUAAGGAGCUUCAAAAGCACGAUCCGAACGGAAAGCAUGUGUCCAUGGAGGAAGUUGAAACGUUUCUGGAAGGGUUGAAGAGCUUUUCGGAUGAUGAUAUCGCGGAAAAUGAGGAGGUAAUUCACACAGAGGACGAAGCAGCCACUGUGCCAGUUCUUGCUGGACAGCGCUUUGAAAAAACAUUUGGUUUGAAGCCUAAGGACGAGUCAGAGUCGUCUGGCAGUGGAAAGGCUUCGGAUGUUCCCGCAACCUAUCAUCUUGUCGACGCAAGAACUCUACUUUUAGACGAGACAGCGACGACUCCAAGAACUACAUCCUCGACAGCUCGUAGGUCAUCUGCAGCCUCAGCAUCUUUUUUUACCUCUUCUACUUUGGGAGACAAUCAUAGAACAGUUGUCUACUUGCAAGAUCAAGAAUGGCCGAACCCCGAAGAUCUGGUGGGUCUAGAGGACGAGGUUAACAUCGGGAAAGCGGGGGAUAUUAACGAAAAUAUGGAGUCAGAAGUAGGAAAAGCGCCUGGAGGUGCGCCUGCGGAUGAAGAUAAGAGUAAGGACGAUGCUGAAGCCCUCGUCCCUCUCCCGAAUGCAGCUGCUGUGGAGAACAAUACCAGUUGUAUAUUAGCUGAAACUACAACACUGAAGAAUGAAUAUGAAAAUAAAGAUCAGAUGAAAGAUAUCAUAAAAACGCUCAUGGAUAAAGAAAAUCCCGCAGAAGAUAUACGCGCGAAUAAGAAGAGACAAGAAGUGACGCAACCCAGUCAGGAAGAUCAUCCCCCAAUGAAAGUAUUGAGAAAAUGCUAAGAAUACGGCUCCUCUCUCUGGGUUCUUGAAUUCCAACGUGUAAAUUUCCAAAGAAACCCCAGUUGGGGGUCCUGCUCAUUCCAAUCACAUAUCAGAAUUCCCACAUCAUGAUGCUAAAAAAGUCCAGAC